CCCAUCAUGUUCAACCCCGCCAUCAUGUUGGACAUGAGCAGUGGCGCAAAGAGAUCCAAAAUCACAAAGGCAUGCGACAACUGCAGACGACGCAGAGUCAAGUGCGACGGCGUACCUGACGGUUGCGGAGGUUGCAAGGCGGCCAAGACCCAAUGUGUCUACACCACCAGCAACACCAAACGCGGUCCUCCCAAGGGCUAUGUCGAGGUGAUCGAGGAUAGACUGGGCAAGAUAGAGAGCAUGCUU